GGAGAGAGAGUGAUUAAGAGCCAGACGUGACAAGGGUGUGAACUAGUGCCGAGCCAGGGAUGAACUGAAGGGCUGGGAUCAGCUGGGGUAGGAUCGACAAGGUGUCGGUCAAUAGCCGGGUGAUGGGUGUAAAUUCUGCAAAGUGAGGGAGGCAGAAGGAGACCUGGAUUACAACCAGGUGGAGUCAGAAAUCGGAGCGUUAGUGAAAGGACGAAAGGAAAGCGAGCUUAGAGCUGGGCGUUAAUAGGACACUUGAGGGAGAAAAAGAAAAGCUGAGCGGACGCUAGAAGCACGGUUUUAGGAGUGAUGGUGCUCUGGGACAGGGAACCUGGGGACAUUGGAGGGCUUCAGCAAGGACUGGCUGAAAAACAGCCUGAGAAGAUGAGCAAGGAAGAGAUGGGCCCUGGAAUUUAGAGGAUGGAAUGGGGAGUAAGGAACAAGAAACGAGAUUAAGGGAAGCCGGGAGAGUCCUGAUGGGUGUCGAACUGGGGUGGUUGCACAGGAGUGGGAGCUGAAUGCUCAUUUUGCUCUGAGGUGCCCCAGAAGGUCUGGAAGGGGCAGGGCACAAAUGCUGUAGUGAAGAAUCCAGUGUAGGGGCCUUUGGUGCAGAAGAUAAGGAACCAUGAGUCUUUGGAUGGGAAGAGACGUUGAAAGGAUCUUGGGUUUAUCCUGCAGCUUCAGUCAAUAUCCCACCUAAGUCAUCCCAGGUAACAGAGAAAAGGAAAACCCAGCCAAUGAUUAUGUGAUAAUAUGGAAGAAGAUGGGAAAAAACUGUUUAAUGGAUUAAGAGAGUGGCGACUGCGCUAAAACAUGGAUAGAUGCAAACAUGUAGGGCGGUUACGGCUCGCCCAGGACCACUCCAUCCUGAACCCUCAGAAGUGGUGCUGUCUGGAGUGCUCCACCACGGAGUCUGCGUGGGCCUGCCUCAAGUGUUCCCACGUGGCCUGCGGCCGCUACAUUGAAGACCAUGCACUGAAACACUUUGAAGAGACCGGACACCCGCUGGCCAUGGAGGUCCGGGAUCUCUACGUGUUCUGCUACCUGUGCAAGGAUUACGUGCUCAAUGACAACCCCGAGGGGGACCUGAAGCUGCUGAGAAGCUCCCUCCUGGCGGUGCAAGGCCAAAAGCAGGACCAGCCCGCGAGGCGUGGGCGGAUGCUACGGUCUACAGCUGCUGGCGAGGACAUGGUCCCACCGCAGCGCACUCCUCAGGGACAGCCACAGAUGCUCACGGCUCUGUGGUACAGGCGCCAGCGCUUGCUGGCCAAGACGCUGCGACUGUGGUUCGAGAAGAGCUCCAGGGGCCGAGCGCAGCUGGAGCAGCAGCGGCAGGAGGAGGCGCUGGAGCGCAAGAAAGAGGAGGCCCGGCGGCGUAGGCGCGAGGUCAAGCGGCGACUGCUGGAGGAGCUGGCCAGCGCGCCGCCGCGAAAGAGUGCGCGCCUGCUCCUGCACGCGCCCGGACCUGUGGCCGUGCGCCCUACUACCCUCGCUACCUCCCGGCGCGUGCCCGCGGCUACACUUAAGCCGCGUCGUCAGCCGGCGGUGGCCCCAGGUGUCACCGGCCUACGCAACCUGGGCAACACCUGCUACAUGAACUCCAUCCUCCAGGUGCUUAGCCACCUCCAGAAGUUCCGGGAGUGCUUCCUGAACCUCGACCCUUCCACCUCUGAGCACCUGUUUCCCCAAGCAACCAAUGGGAAGGCUCAGCUCUCUGGUAGUGGUAGGCCAGCCAGCAGCUCUGCCGCAGAGUUAUCAGUAAAGAGCGACCCUGCCCAGGGAUACGAACCUCAAGGCUUCUGCUGGAACAGCGGAGCCUCUAUCAGCAGGAGCCUGGAGCUCAUUCAGAACAAGGAACCCAGCUCAAAGCACAUUUCCCUCUGCCACGAACUGCACACCCUCUUCCGAGUCAUGUGGUCUGGGAAGUGGGCACUGGUAUCGCCCUUUGCCAUGCUUCACUCAGUGUGGAGCCUCAUUCCCGCCUUCCGUGGCUACGACCAGCAGGACGCACAGGAAUUUCUCUGUGAACUGCUGCACAAGGUGCAGCAGGAACUUGAGUCUGAGGGCUCCACACGCCGGAUCCUCAUCCCCUUCUCCCAGAGGAAGCUCACCAAACAGGUCUUAAAGGUGGUGAACACCAUAUUUCACGGGCAGCUGCUCAGUCAGGUUACAUGUGUAUCAUGCAAUUAUAAAUCCAAUACCAUUGAGCCCUUUUGGGAUCUGUCCCUGGAAUUCCCUGAACGCUACCACUGCAUAGAAAAGGGGUUUGUCCCUUUGAAUCAGACAGAGUGCCUGCUCACUGAGAUGCUGGCCAAGUUUACCGAGACAGAGGCCCUGGAGGGGAGAAUCUACGCUUGUGACCAGUGUAACAGCAAACGACGAAAAUCUAACCCCAAACCCCUUGUUCUGAGUGAAGCCAGAAAGCAGUUAAUGAUCUACAGACUACCUCAGGUCCUCCGGCUGCACCUUAAAAGAUUCAGGUGGUCUGGCCGUAAUCAUCGUGAGAAGAUUGGGGUCCAUGUCGUCUUUGACCAGGUAUUAACCAUGGAACCUUACUGCUGCAGGGACAUGCUCUCCUCUCUUGACAAAGAGACCUUUGCCUAUGAUCUCUCCGCAGUGGUCAUGCAUCACGGGAAAGGGUUUGGCUCAGGACACUACACAGCCUAUUGCUACAACACAGAGGGAGGUUUUUGGGUCCACUGCAAUGACUCAAAGCUGGAUGUAUGCAGUGUCGAGGACGUGUGCAAAACCCAGGCCUACAUCCUUUUUUACACUCGAAGAACAGUUCAGGGCAGCGCAAGACUCUCAGAAACCCCACUCCGAGCUCAGGUGCAGUCCAGCAGCAAGGACGAAGGCAGAACAUACACACUUCCCUGACUGGGAGGUGUGCAUUAAAAUGUCCUUACCUUUUUCCUCAUGGCUAAUAAGGCUUGCACAGUAACAGAUCACUGGGCUUGCCUCUCUAGGUCUAAAGGAGAGAAUGCCAGGUGAUUCCUGCCCUGUCAAAAAAUUGGUAGUCACUUUCUUUUGAAAACAUUUGAAAAUUCCCUCCUUUCAUAAAACAAAUCUAAAGGAGUAACUUCUAUGAAGAUUCUUUUGUCAGUUGCUUCUGGAUAAUUGAGGGAUCUGGAGUAGGGUGGGCAAGUGAUCAGCCAGGAGAGCAGCCAUGCCCCCUACUAAUCAGGGUCUUUAUACAGCACUGCACAGAGCACAUGAGGAGGGGCCCCCAGCUGGCAGCUGGUGGAAAAGAUUGGUUCCAAAGUGGAAGGUAAAGUCACAGGAUUUAUUCCCACAGAAGAGGUGACCAUCAAGGGACACAGCUUGCUUACAAGCUUCCUUUUUUAGGAGAGAGAAGUUGGAAAGUGGAAUGAGGGGCAUAGGAAGGCUUUUCAGAGCUAGAGCUUCUGCUGAGCUGCUGCUGUGCUCUCACUCUACACUGACGGGAGGUGAGGCCCAGCAGCCCUUUCCCUUUGAAGAGGCAGUCAUAGGAGGCACAGACCAGCGCAUGGUCGGGCUGCGCAUGUUAAGCCGGACACUCCUGAUUCCUCCUGUAGCAGGACCCUGGCUCAAGUCUGGAACCAGCUUGUGGUUUGGGUCAGUGGUCAGAAGCCUUCUCAGAAUUCAGGGAAGGUGAGUGGGGAUUGUCCCAGUGCCUGCUGCCUUAGGGUCUCACAUUGUGUGGUAUGCAGCUUCUCUCCUGCACCCACAACAUUGGUGCUCACAAGGCUUGGAGCUUUUGCUUUCCUAGGAACUGACCGUGUGUCCAGUUGUGGCCCUUCAUCUCUGCUACCCAUUCUCACCUGCCCUCAGCCCAUGAAGUACAGAGAGACUCCUGUCUUUUACUCUGCUAUUAGUAAAAACACAUCUUUAAAAUUUGCUCCAUUUCUAAGUGGAGUUCAAAUGCCCAGACAGAAGCACAGUAAACUCCCAUUCUCUCUGCAGUGGCCUGUGUGGUGCCCACAGCCUCUCCUGUGAAUAAGUAGCUUGUGUUAAUGUAGUACAGUUGUCACUUAAAGGGAGUUGAAGGGGUGGGGAACAGAGACAGUGAGGCUAAAGGAGGCACUGUUCUGUUUCCCGGGCACACCUGUAGUAUUUACUGCUGCCCUCAUUGGAGAUGAACUCUCUCGUAGGCCUGCCAGACAUCGCUGAGACAUGGAAGAAAUCAGACAGAAAACAGCUCCCUGACAGGGAUGAGUGGCUAGAUUUAAACUUGCUUUUUUACAACACUGUGAGGUUUCUGUAUUAGCUUUUAUUUGGAAGCGAUCAUGUAUGGCAUUUUUGUGCUGUUUGGUUUUUACUGUCUAUUGCAGGCUUUUUUGUGAGCUUUGCACAACCUCCUUCUCUCCAGGACACUGUUUUAAAGUGUCCCGAUUAUCCACGCUGCCUGAGGUUCUGAUAUAAAGCUGUACCCUGAGGUCCACAUUACCAAGGUGCAUGAUGGUGAUUUGUUACCAUGGUAGCAAAGCCUAUUCAAAAACAAAGCUCAGUGUGCUGGUACACCCCUGGAAGGAUGGCACUUGCUUGGGUGAGGCAGGAGGAUUAUGAGUUUGAGGCUACAUUGUGAGACCUUGUCUUAAAAACAAAAAUAACAAACUUUUGGGAGUAAAAAAGGAAACAAGACUGGAUUGCACCUCAUCUUAAACCCUGUGUUGUUUAUUCUAGAAAGAGAACUUGCAGGCAGAGAAUACAGAUCUGUCUGUUCAGAGGGGAAAACAAUCAAUAUAAACACUUAAAGGAAAAUUAAAAGGUUCUAAUUCAAUUAAAAAAAAAAAAAGAGUUUUGUAUCAACUAUCAGCAAGAUUGGUAAGCCGAAUGGGGACUUUAUAAAUGUUUAGCCGACCUGAACACCCACAUAUGAGAUUAACAUAAGUCAAAAUGAGUUCUAACUAAAACUAGCUGUCUCCACUGAGCCACCCUCAUGAAGGUGCCACGGCAGCCACAGACAGCACUUCAGGCAGCAGGAGCAGGGGCCUGAAUCUCUGUUGUAGAAGCACUGUGCACUGUCUGGGCUGCUGUGCUGUGCCGUGCUGUCCUGUCCUCCCUCUGCUGUCUGCAGCGCCUAAGAGGGUUGUGUCAGUUGGCAUCACACUAAACAGUCUAAAGAGAACAGAUUGACCUUGACUAGCUGGCUCCAGGCCAAAUGCCAGGUGCUGCUCUGCCAGCAGCAAUCUCUCUCUCUGAACCCUUUGUAAUCGGCUGGUGUGUUUACUUACCACUGUAGCCAGCCAAGAUGAAUACACCCCAGCCCUCAAAAAUGAUUUCUUACCUCAGUCUAGCCUGGUCCUCAUGCUUGUGGUUGCCUCUAAGAGCAGCACCCAUGCUAGUGCAGAAGUAGCAGGGAUACCCGUGGCAGCCAGGAACUGCAGCUCUCAUCAGAUGGCAGGCAGAGCGCUUGCCAGCUUUAACCAGCCUCUCUGGCUGACAUGGGAGGGCAGUGCCACAUGGUAAAGAACUUCUAGAUGUCUCUAAAAAUGCCAUGAAUAAAGUUGUAAACUGUAGAAGUGUUCAUGUGUCCUAUGGACUCGAUAGCAGAGUUUAUUUUUGUUCACAGUGGCAAGGCUUCUGGAGUCCAUGAUUGUGUGAGUCCCUUGUUCUGGUUAUGCCUUCAGCUCCAUCCACAUUCAGGGGACGAACCAAUGAGGUGGGCUGGCUGGCAGUGCUCCAGAGUAUGCUGAGAGUCGAUAGUAGUGCAGAAUGAAAACUUGGGGGUGGGGGAUGGGAGGAAGCAAAGGAGAUCUGAAAUUUGUUUUACUGAUAAAGCUUUGUGAACUAAUUUUAUACAAUUCAUAAAAUUUGGUGCCUUGUUCUUAAUUACAGUUUGCAUGAGAUUGAAAAGUUAAGGGGAAGGGUUCCUUUUUGUUAUGUCAAGUGGCAGAUGGAUCUGUAGUGUUUAAAAGAUAUGUGCUAUCAGAUUUUAUAGAACAUUCUUAUCUCUUGUGUAUGAAUGCAGAUUGUCCUUACCAGCAAGUUCUUGAGUUCCUUUGUCCAUAAUUGUAUUUAUAAUCAUCCAUCAGAUAGCUCUUUCAAGACAGCCAACAUACACUACUGUUGUUCAUUGCCUCUUGUAUAUGCUGAACAUUAAUGCUGACCUUUUCUGGAAGGUGACCCCUUCCUGAAUGUGUACCACAUCUCUAUCUGGGGUUGCAGCUUAUGUGUGGAAGGGUUUCCAGGUAGUUGGGAGAGCCAAAUGAUCAGAUGUUAGGCAAUCAAUGGCGGUGGAAUCUUCAUCAAUUCUGGAGUCCUUCUGCACAAACCAACAGGAAGCAGUGUAGGAAACAACCCCCCCACACGUGACCCUUUAGAUUGUAUGACAAACCAGUACACUGUGUAAUGUGCAGUGAGUGAUGCAAAAAUGACGUCCCUGACACCACCACUGCGCACAUGCAGCUGGGGAGGUGCUCAGUGACUGUGGAAGGUUAGCAAGACUUGGGCUGUUCACAGCCUGUCUUUCAUUCCAGCCGAAGGGUUUCCGCUGAGCUCGUGAGACUUCCCCAAAGGUGUUGACAGGCUCACCAUUCAAAGCGCACUUGGUACUGGGUCUCUCAGCCCAGUUCCAAAUUGGGACUAAUUAGGUAAAGAGUGUAUCUUUGGAGUGAAAUUUUCCAGGGUCACUUGAUUUUUACCAGCUAAGAGUGGGUCUCUUGGGUGGUUCUUUUUGUCAGCGCUAAAGCACCUUUCUCAGGGUUGUGAACGUCAUCUCUUCCACAUUCCUGUCUGCACUUUAGCCGCUGUUGACUUGUCAACUCACACAUGGCUUAGCAGCUGUGGGCAAGCAACUCUGUCCAUACUUAUGCCGGCGUGUUUCCUUUAAAAUACAACAGCUGCUGACGAAAUAGCUCGUGCUACAGCACUUAGCUAGCAUGCUUGAGACAAUGGGUUCCGGGUCACCUAAACCAGUUUAAAGGAAAACUGCCAAACCAGCAUUAUGACUUCCAAAAGCAACAGUAAAGUUACUUGAAAUUAUAUCUUAAAUUUGGAAUGAAAAAAAAACUAUAUUUUUAAAAGCUAUGUCUUAAUUCUAUCUAGACUCUGGUUUUCAACAUAUAAUUUUUUUUUUAACUAACUAGAACUACUCAGCUAUAGGAUCAUAUAGCACACUUUAAGGUUUCAUUCUUCAAAACAAAAAACAAAACAAAACCAGGCUGCUAUUUCCUAGCUUAGCUGCAGUCAUGUGGGGUUCUGCAUCUAUAAUACAGCUUACAAAGCUGCUUCCUAGUCACUUUAUGGGCCUUUGGAAGUAAUGGCUUCAAACCCAAGCCUUAUCCAUGUAUUCACAGUCAUGACCCUGCCCCCCCCCCCUUUCUUUUCCAAGGCCUGGUCUCACUGUGUAGCCCUGGCUAGCCUGGAACUUUAGACUAGGCUGGCUUCAGAGAUCCACAUGCCUCUGGGAUUAAGUGUGUUCCAUGGAGCCCAGUCUCUUAAUAAUUUCUAAAACAGACUUCAGAGUAUCUGAGACUCAGAAUAAAUUCUAGGGUCUUGAUUCAUGUUAAGCCAAUUCUAGGCCUGAAUUUACUCAUAGUUUCUGCUAGCCAUCAUCACAUCACACAGGUUCUUCAUUCACAAGAUGGUAAUCCCCACCCCAUAUCAUAUAUGGCUGUUAGUGGGGUGCUUGCCUAGCAAGCCUGAGGCUCAGAGUUUGAUCCCAGCACCAUGUAAAACCAGGCAUGGUAUAGCACACUUGGACUCCAACAGUUGGUGGAGGCAACAAGAUGAGUUCAAGGCCAUCUUCAACUGUGUAGUUAAGUUUGAGGUUUGAGGCCAGUCUAGGCUACAGAUAUCCUGCCUCCAAAAAAAAAAAAAAAGAAAGAAAAGGAAAAAAAAAAAAAGAAAGCCCCCCUCCCCCUGCCUUCUUUCGGUGGGUGUUUGGAAGUCACAUCAUGAGUUUCUGCAGUGAGCUUUGCACCUAGGCCCCAGAGAACUGACUGAAACGGUGUCUAUCCACAGAUCUAGGAAAGCAGCUAGCAGUAACUGUCGUCAUGCAGCUUGGCCAAUUACACAGGCCCUUCUCAUUCGUGCCCUGUAAUCCAAGACCAGUUCCAAAGGAGUCUUUGCACAAAAAAGCAGUAUUUUUUUUUUAAUGCCCAGUAAAUUGACUAAAUGAGACUCUUUCUAGCACCAUCUUGUCCCAGCCACAGGAGUCUCUCCACGCUGACUCAUGUGCCCCACAGACAUAGACAGUGGCACUAACACGAGUCUGGGGGUAGGAAGUUGCUUCCUUGUGCCCACUAACAAGCUGACUCCACCCACAACCAGUGCUCUCUUCUGCCACCAAAUCUCACUCUAACCCAACAACAGUGCCUCCCUGGUGCCUGGAAAACCCACCUGGUGAACUAAAUGCCAAACAACACCAAAUGGCCUCUUCCCCAGGCGUGCUCACCAGCAGUAACUCCUCAAGAAUCAGCUGUGUAGCAUAUCUUUAUCACUGUGGAGUAGGUGGUUCCCUCUCAAUGUCUUUUUUCUAUUCUCUUUUUUAAAUGAGACAAACAUCUUCAUUACAAUCCAUGUUUGGGGCUCAUUGCUAUCUCGAGUGUGAAACACAAAUCAUGGCUUUUUGGUUUUUGUAAACUGACUUUUUACACCGUGGUUUUGAAAGAAGUUUAUUAUUAAAAGAAUAAAACGUC